UAAUAUAUAAUAAAAUUAAUAUUUUUUUUUCUCUAUCAAAAAUGUAUAAUUGAAAUUCUACUCCAAAUAAGUGGAGAACCUUUUAACCAAAAUCCUUUUAAUAUUCGCCGGAAAAAAGAAAAAUGCCGCCCUUUCUGAAAUUUUCCUCCGCCAACGUUUGUGCCAUAAUUUUCUUUGUACUGCAGACCGUCGUUGCAGUGCAACGUUACGAUCAACUGCCCCACGAUGGCGGUUCGUAUUAUCGCACUUCCAGUUCUGGCGAAAUGAUAAGCUCGUCCGCUAUGACGAGUGAUACAUUUCCGCAUCACAAUCGCUGUGAACCUAUUACGAUUUCUAUAUGCAAAAAUAUACCCUAUAACAUGACAAUAAUGCCGAAUCUUAUUGGCCAUACAAAGCAAGAAGAAGCCGGACUGGAAGUGCAUCAAUUUGCGCCUCUCGUUAAAAUCGGUUGUAGUGCGGACUUACAAUUAUUUCUAUGCUCAUUAUAUGUGCCCGUAUGUACUAUUCUAGAACAACCGAUACCACCUUGUCGUUCGUUAUGUGAAUCCGCGCGUGUUUGUGAGACCCUCAUGAAAACUUAUAAUUUUAAUUGGCCUGAAAAUUUGGAAUGUUCGAAAUUUCCAGUUUACGGUGGUGAAGCAUUAUGUGUCGCUGAGAAUACAACAUCUUCGACUGCGUCACCAACGCGUACUAUACCAAAAGUGACGACGCGAAAAAAUUACGCCGGUAUGGAGGGUCCACAUCGAAAUAUCGGUUUCGUUUGUCCGGUGCAGCUGAAAACUCCACAAGGCAUGGGUUACUCGCUGAAAGUUGGAGAUAAGGUGAUAUACUUUCAGGCGUUUGCUUUGUUGGGCAAUUGGAUACAUACUCAUUGGGUGUCUUUCUUAUACUACCACUCUGCAUUUACCUGUCAAUAGGUGCACUAUUUUUACUGGCAGGCUUUGUAUCACUGUUUCGCAUACGCACAGUUAUGAAGACUGAUGGAAAACGUACAGAUAAAUUGGAACGCCUUAUGAUGCGCAUUGGUUUCUUCUCUGGACUAUUUAUACUACCAGCACUUGGUUUUCUGGGCUGCUUGUUCUAUGAGUACUAUAAUUUCGAUGACUGGAUGAUACAGUGGCAUCGUGAUAUAUGUAAACCUUUUUCAAUACCAUGCCCUAUAAUGCGUAAUGAUGGUAUUGAAUCACGUCCCAUAUUCCAAAUAUAUAUGGUGAAGUAUUUAUGCUCGAUGUUGGUAGGUGUGACAUCGAGCGUAUGGCUGUAUUCCAGCAAAACAAUGGUUAGUUGGCGUAACUUCGUAGGACGCCUACAAGGAAAGGAUCCUAGGACGAGGGGUCAAGCUUAUGUUUAAAUUUAAGUUUAGGUUAAGAAAUAAUUAAAUUGUAGUCUAUAGGGCUUUAUUGUUGAGUGCUUUUUGUAAAGUAACGGUGCGCUCAUAUGAAAAUUGUUUCGACUACGCUACUUUUCAUAGUAAAGUGUAAAAAUUUUAAAUUAAAUAUUUAUUGUUAAUAAUUGACAACAAAGUUCUGUUGUGAGUAAAUCAAAAAAAGAGUAAAGAAUUGCUCAUGCGCUUUGAGUGAAACCAAAACUUAAUUAUAUAUAUUAAUAUAAAUUCAUUUUAAAAUUAAAUAUUUUUAAAUAUAUAAAUUAAACUCUGUUAAUUGAUUCAGUGUGUUUGGUAUU